CUGUAUGAUAUCACUUGGGACAGCCACCCAUUUUGUUUGGUUAGACUUUUUUGUUUGGUGUGUUUAGUUUUGACUUUACUUACCUUUGAUUUUCAAAGAGUAGAGUCUUCAACACGACUACGUAAGGUUUCAACGUCAUUGCUGUAAGAACUACCAACAAACGUUACACGGUGAGAAGACAAGAGUUGAGAAACAACUGUUAUUUUUUUCUUCAUCGUUGGAGAUCUUAGACAACGAGACUAAGCAAAGCGAGGUCAAAGUCGAUGGCCUUGGGUCUGAUUGAUGUCGCUUCUGAAGAUGAUAGCCUCCUUUUCUCCUCCUCUCCGAGGCAGAUGAGGAUGGACAAUGUGUGAUUAAUCUAAGCAAAAGUCUUGCCUGGAAAAAAAAAUGCCUACUUCACUAGCGCAGGUGUUUUGGAGCAUAAGAGUCAAAGGAAGGGCUUACCAACUAUCCAAGAGGAUGUUAAUAAAGAUCAAGGGAAUCCAUUUCAAAAUGAUUGCAAGGAGGAGUUUCUUUUUGUUUGAAGAUGUAAGAGCGUCAAUUCAAAGGACUGCUGAAGCCUGCAACACCUGGAAAGAUUAAUGAACUAAGUAGCAAUCAUCUCAACUACAAGUAGUGUACAAGACGUCCCUGCCUGAGCUGCCUUUCAGGAAAAAGAUGAAACCCAAGUUUAGAUUAGAGCACACGGAGUAGGGAAGGCAACAAACAAAACAGCACCAACGAGUAGAGGACAUUACGUGCUGGUGAAAAGAGCCUUUGGGUCCUAGACCCACAUUGACAAAAUUGGCUUCUUUGAUAGGAGGUAGACAUGGAUCAUCCUCAUCUGCCAAUUUACAAACUUAAGGCUGCAAGUUCAAGAGAAUCUCUCUUACAACAGACCUCACCAUGUCUGAAAGUGAAGAAGAUGUUGAUCUUCCCCGUUUCUUCAAGGUCUUCCUCUCAGAAACUGCUUCUGAAUCAAUGGCGAUUCCAAUGUCUUUCAUUGAGCAUCUUGAAGACCCACUGCCGCAAACAGCUAAGCUUCAAGGCAUUGGAGGUGGUGUUUGGACUGUGAGCUUCAAGAAAAUACGUGACUGUGCGUAUUUCACUUCAGGGUGGUCCAAGUUUGCAGAGGACCAUGAACUCAAGGACGGGGAGUUCUUGACCUUUGUCUACGACGGUUCCCACACUUUCGAGGUCAGCGUCUUUGGUCGUUCUGGUUGUAAGGAGAUAAGAGCUGAGGUCGAGACGGUGGAACUCUCUGAUGCUAAUUCUGACAAAGAAGAAGAAGAUUCUUCAGUGGUUGCUGAUUCAAAUGAAGAAGAAGAAGAAGGCGAUGAUGAUUCUUCAUUCAUUGCUGGUGAAGAUGAUGAAGUCAGCCAGAGUCUCUCCCAUGUUGACAGUGAUGACACUGUAUCUAAUGCUGAAGUUGUUGCAGGGUUUUCAAAUUUGGAGGUAGAGUCUAAUCCAUGCUUUACUACCACCCUCAAGAACAGGAUCUACGAGCUGUUGAUUCCUGCAAAUGUGGUGAAAGAACAUGGGCUUACGUUUUGUGACCGGAUCAAGUACAUUGAUGGAGAAGGGAUCAUGCAUGGGGCUAAAGGGAAAUGGUCUGAUGAUAGGAUCUGCUUCAAAGGAUGGGACAGGAUUUGUAGAAGGAACAGGCUUAAAGAGCGUGAUACUGUCCACUGUGAGAUGUUUCACAUCAGGAAUAAAGUUCACACCAUCAAGAUCAGAGUCACUCGUGGACGUGGUUGAAUCACUCUUCAUCAUCAUUACCAUCACCGCACCCUUCAUCCAUCACUUAUCAUCACCACUAUCACAAUAACUAUCUAUGUCUUAGUAUGGCUUUUGCUUGUUUUAUCUUAGUACUAUUUUCUUUAUCCCCGAGAAACCUUGUGAACUUAAUCAUGUUUCAUGUUGUAUUUUCAGUGCUUAUUAUGUAAUGCAUCUAUGACUUUUGAAGUA